CUCUAGCUCGUGCUAUUGUCGUGACGCCGCAAGUGCAUAGUGACGUGCCUCUCCGAAAAUUCCCCGAAAAAAAGGUUUAAUUAGGUAGGUCCAAUUCCAGAUAUGGAGAAACAGGCGGAAAUUUGCGAGACCUAUCAGCUGAAAUGGAGCUCCUACAACGCCUAUAUCCACUCCUGCAUAGCCACUUCCCUCCAAAACGACUCAUUUGCCGACGUGGCUCUCGUCACCGUGGACGGACACCAGAUCAUGGCUCACCGCUUCGUGCUGACCUACAGCAGCCUGUUCCUGGCCCAGGUCCUCAAAUUCCAGCCCAAAGCCACCACGGCUCUGCCUCUGGUGAUAAUCAUGCCUCCCGAAAUCGACUACAAGAGUCUCAAGGUGCUCGUCAGGUACAUGUACAGCGGGGAAGCAAAGGUGUCCAAAGAGAUCCUGAACAACGUGUUGCGUGGAGGAGACAUCCUCCAAGUCAAAGGCCUAUAUCGCGAAAAAGAAGACCAGGAAAAGAACGUAAAGAUCACCCAGAAACUUCCAAACAACACUUCUGCAACACCUUCAACCACAUCAACAACCACCACCACUACCACCUCAACUGUCAACAAACCUGUGCAGAACGUUUUGAACAAGCCUGUUUCUAGCCCUGUGACAGUUCAAGAGAAGCCAGCUCAGAACCCAAAGUUCUUAGUUGUGCAGAAGCCCAAAGAACAACAAACCUAUUCCAACCCAAGGCCCAAGGUGCUCAAUUUUACCAUAAUGCAGAAGUACGAGAAAAUUAAAGUUCCUAAUGAGAAUUCUUCAAAUUCUACCAAACGUUUGACAAUUUUGAACAAGAGCUUGGAUCAGGAAAAAGGCGAUAAAGAAAGCGACGAACAAGAUGUGAGUGAUAAAACUGAACCUUCUCCUUCAAAGGACAGUAACCUCUCGUAUCUGAUGAUCAAAGACGAACCCAUAGAGUGGAGCGAGGCCGAUAUGGAGAUAAUCGAUUCCAAAGAGGUGUUCGACAAUAUGACCAUUAAAUCUGAGAACACUGAGAAUUACGAAUCGGAAUCUAUGAGUAACGAGGAGGAAAUGUUUUCGCCUUUGACUUGCGAGUUGUGCACUGAGACCUUCACGAUUCCCGCUGAAUGGGUGAGACACGUACAGACCCAUACGGACAUGUUGCCAGCUAAGAGACGUCGGAGGGACAGUCCAGGGGAUUCCUACGAGAACGACACCUUCCCCGAGCUGAUGUGCGACAUGUGCCAGAAGUCGUUCCCCACCCCCGCCGAGUGGGUGCACCACAUCCAGGACACGCACACUGACUUCGAGCUGCACCUCUCCAACAAGAAGAUCCACCACGGGAAGUCCGUGGUGACCGCCCCCAGUACCAUCACCUCCUCCGCGUUGAACGAGCUGAGCAAGAAGUGCUCGGAGUGCAACAAGACGUUUCCGUCACACGCUUCCAUGAUCAUCCACAGGCGGAGGCACACGGGGGAGAAGCCCUACGGCUGCGAAUACUGCAACAAGAACUUCAACGUGAAGAGCAACCUGCUGAGGCAUCUGAGGACGCUGCACAACAAGAUCAUCAAUUCCACGGAGAUAGAGAACAAGGAUUCUCUUUCCGACAACAGCAAUUAGCUUGUUUUGGUUUAAGGUUUAAUGUUUUUCAGUUUAGAAGAAUGUUUGUUUAUUCUAGGUUAAAAUUUGUUUUCAAGUAGGUCCUUUUUUUGUAAAAGUUGUAGUUUUAUUUGUUUUUUUCCUCGUUUUUAUAUAUUAUAGAUGGACAACCAGUUAAAUUUGGAAAUUAAAAUACCAGAUGGCGAUUCUUACAUGAAGAUUCAGUUAACCAAACAAAAUCCUGUUUCAUGAUAAAUAAAAAGUUAUUUUCAAAAGAAAACGAUACAAAAUAUCGCGAAGAACAAAUAAUAUA